UUCAAUUUAAGCAAUAAUAAUAAUAAUUUGGCACGAAAAAUACAAAGAAUAUUAUCACAACUGCCAUCUAUUAAAUAUCCUAAUAAAUGUUGAAGUAUGUUAUUUUAAAAGACGACGUGAUUAUAGUGCAUAUAAUAUUUUAAUUUUGAUUUAAAUAUGGAAUAUAUAUAUCGUUUACCAUUUUUAGCAUUAGAAGUACCUAACUUAAAAUUAAAGAAGCCAUCAUGGUUUGUGAAACCUAGUGCUAUGAUAGUUUUUUCAUUUAUACUUUUAUCAUAUUUUCUAGUAACUGGAGGUAUAAUAUACGAUGUAAUUGUGGAACCACCCAGUGUAGGUUCAACAACAGAUGAACAUGGUCAUACAAGGCCUGUAGCAUUCAUGCCAUAUCGAGUAAAUGGGCAAUAUAUUAUGGAAGGAUUGGCAUCUAGUUUUCUUUUUACUUUAGGUGGAAUUGGUUUUAUAGUAUUAGACCAAACACAUAAUCCAUCAACACCUAAGCUCAAUAGAAUUCUUUUAAUAUGUGUUGGAUUUAUUAGUGUUAUUGUCUCAUUUAUUACCUGUUGGGUUUUUAUGAGAAUGAAACUACCGGGAUAUCUGCAAUCAUAAAUUUAAUAAAUUUAAAAUAAUAUGGCUUAAAGCUCAAUAUUUUGUACUCAUCAAAGUUGCAUUUUGUAUUAAAUAUGUGUAUUAGAAAUAUGAUUUAUAAAUAAUAUUAUAAAAAAAUUCUAUCAAAUAUAUUUAAAAAAAAAUAA